AUGACGUCGUCUGGUGACUUUGCAGCAGAGUCAAUCCUGCAGAGAGCUGCCGAGGACGGCUCCCUCGACUCAGCAGAAUGGCCAAAGACACUCGAGUAUAUCUUGCAUCGCCUUGACGAGAUCAUCAGCGACUUCCCCAAGCUGCCUGCAGAUUCAAAUCCACGACCAAGCACAUCAGCAACCACGGACCUUCCCUCGCGACCCAACACCUCCAACGCCAUAUCCAGCCAAGACUCGCAUGCUACCGACAAGGAAAAUGCACCGCCGACCACGCCCCCGCGACCGCCCGUGCCCGCCUUCUCCGCCUCCACCGCGUCGCAAAGUGUCCCACCAGAGAUCACCACCUUCUACUCGUCAAUACGGUCGACCCUCUCUACCAACUUUGCAAAACAUCCCCCACAUACCGUCCAGCGCCUAGCUGAGCUCGUCCUCGAGCCCAAGAAACGCUACCGAUACCUUCCACCCUACCUUCGCGCCCUCGACCGCGUCGUCUCCGUGUCCUCGCCCCUAACCAUCUUCCCGCUUCCACAAGCCGUGUUGCCCACCUCUGGCGGAUUGCUCAAUGGCACAACAUCUACCACCCCCCAGGCCGCGCCCUUGGGCUCAGACGAAGCGCUCGGCGGCGCCCUGCUUACACCCAUCCCUUGGCUGCAGAACCGUGGCCAGAAUGAGCUGAUCUCAGAGAGCACAGAGAUGGUAGACGGUCCCAACGGUGCUGGUCGGAUAGAGACGGUGACGGUUGGAAUGCUCAGCGGCGGCCAACGAGCCGAAUCUCCCAACGCAAAUGUAGCCCAGAUUGCUUCGUCACAUCCCGAUGGCGAGACGCUGCCGUCUACGGGGCCUGUCACCCAAGGCGAGCUCCUGCGUCAAGAGCAAGAGGCUGGAAUUGUCCUCAAUAACCCCCACAGCAUGACCACCAGUCCAACGAGAACUACGUUUGGUGAGAUGGAGGGCGGAGGUACCAUCAUAGACACGGUCGAAGGCGAAGAAGAAGCACCGCAUGCGAGAGGUCCAGAAAUCAUUGGCAUGGAGGACACGGGCCCUCAAAAGCAGGGGAAACUCAACAUUGAAGGAGCUAUCGGCAGACCGAGCCUUGAUCACAAGAGCCCUGAGCCCAAAGUACCCACUAGCGCAGAUGCAAAGGAUCCCGACAUGAAAGACGAAGGGCCUGAGAAAUCAAAUGACAGCAAGGCUGUGGACAAAGAGCCCAAGGGAGAUGCAACGGCCAAGGAGGAGACAAAAGAUGCAAAAGACGUGGAAAUGAAGUCAGAUAACUAG